AUGACGGAUCAGCAUUCAGCAGACCAGGCAUCGGGAAUCAAUGGACCGGGACAGCAGCGGUUUGUGCAGCAGCAGCAGCAUCAACAGCCUCCCGAAAUGCAGCAGCAGAAUAUUCCUCCCGGAGUGCCUCAAUGGAGCCCCACACAGCAGACUCGAACAGAUGCUAUUAUCGUGCAAAUAUUGCAGCAGCUUCAGCAACAACAGACCGUCACCAAUCAACUCCUCCAACAGCAGCGUGAAUCAGCCCAGCAGCAUGAGGGAUUUAUGCAGCAGCAAGAAAAUCUAUUCCGAAAUGCACUUUCGACUAUACAAGUCAACGUUCCUCCCAAUCGCGAAGUUAUUCUGGACUCUUUGGCUGGAAAUAUUCGAGAGUUCCAAUACGAUCCAGAAAAUCACAUCACAUUCGCAGCAUGGUAUGCCAGGUACGAGGACUUGUUUGCAAAGGAUGCGGAACGGCUCGACGAUGAAGCCAAAGUAAGGUUACUGCUCCGAAGACUGGGUACGAAUGAGCACUACAGGUACGUCUCAUACAUCCUACCUAAUGCUCUAAAGGAUUUCACGUUCAUCGACACAGUGAAGAAACUGAAGGGACUUUUUGGCAUGAAAGAGUCCACAGUUAAGAAACGAUACUGUACAUUAACCGUCACGAAAGCCCCGACGGAGGACUAUGUUACGUUCGCUUGUCGGGUGAAUAAGAUGUGCGUGGAGUUCGAGUUGGCCAAAUUGACGGAAGAGCAUUUUAAAUGCCUCAUGUUCGUUUGCGGUCUGAAGUCGGAGUGCGACGCGGAGGUACGCACCAGAUUGUUGACGAAAAUCGAAGACAACAACGAUGUCACCUUGGAAGCACUGAUGGAAGAGUGUCAGCGGUUGAUAAAUUUAAAGAGCGAUACUGCUAUGAUAGAAAGUCCUGGACGUGUUCAGAUCAUCAAGAGGAACUUUCAGCAACGGAAGCAGUACGAUAAGCGGUUCAGAGAUCGUCCAAAAGAAUCACCAAGAAACGAAGAAGAACGCAAAAGUCCGGCAACUCCUUGCUGGAACUGUGGUGCGAUGCAUUUUUCUAACCACUGCGGUUUCAAGAGUCACAAGUGCGCCGACUGCAAACAGAUCGGCCAUAAAGAGGGCUAUUGCUCAAGCGCAAAGCGGUCUACGAAGGCAUCAAAAUAUCAGCCACGAAGGUUCUCCACCAAAACCGUUAUUGCAUCGGUCAGCAGCGUCGAAUGCAAGCGUCGUUACGUGUGGGUAAAGCUGAACGGUACUCCUGUAAGAUUGCAGCUCGACACAGCGUCUGAUAUUACUAUCGUGUCCGAAAAGGUGUGGAAUCGGAUCGGUCAGCCAGCAGGUGUUCCUGCGAGUCAGACCGCCAAAUCAGCAUCGGGAGAACAACUGGACCUGCAGUGUGAGUUCGUCAGUGACGUCGAAAUCAAUGGUACGACGCAUAGCGGACGCAUCUUCGUUUCUACACAUCCAUUGAAUCUGCUCGGAAUCGAUCUCAUCGACAAGUUCCAGCUUUGGUCAUUACCAAUGGAUAAAUUUUGUAAUUUCGUCGGUGGUUCCAAUGAUAUCGUUUCUCUGCAGAAAGCGUACCCGAAGCUGUUCAGCGAGACGUUGGGGCUUUGCUCCAAAUCUAAAAUUCAACUUUCGCUGAAGGAAGCGUGUAAGCCAGUCUUUCGUCCAAGAAGGCCGGUUUCGUACGCUAUGUUGCCAACUGUGGACAAAGAACUAGACCGACUAGAGUCUCUGCAAAUUAUUUCACCAGUGGACUAUUCAGAGUGGGCGGCUCCAAUAGUCGUUGUGCGAAAGGCCAGUAGUAAUGUUCGCAUAUGUGGCGACUAUUCAACUGGAUUAAACGAUCGGCUCCAGUCACACCAGUAUCCCCUUCCGCUGCCACAAGACGUCAUUUCGAAGCUCUCCAAUUGUACAGUGUUCAGUCAGAUUGAUUUAUCUGAUGCUUUUCUUCAGAUGGAAGUGGAGGAAAGCUGCCGCCAACUACUCACCAUCAACACCCAUCGGAUACUGUAUCAGUACAACAGGUUGCCUCCUGGUGUCAAAGCUCCGCCGGGAGCAUUCCAGCAGCUGAUGGACACGAUGUUGGCAGGUCUUCCAUGUACUGCAGGCUACCUAGACGACGUGGUUGUGGGAGGCAAAGAUACUAACGAACAUCAGCGUAAUUUGCAUGCAGUGCUGCAGCGGAUUGAGGAAUUCGGAUUCACAAUUCGGCCGGAAAAAUGCUCUUUUGGCCAGCAGCAAAUCCGUUACCUGGGUCAUAUCUUAGAUCGUCAUGGGCUUAGACCAGAUCCAGCUAAAAUCCAAGUCAUAAAGGACCUACCGCCACCGAAGGACAUCACGGGAGUACGCUCCUUCUGA